AUGAGUUCCAUGUUCAAAAAAAAGGGCGCGCCCGCCUUCAAGCCCAAGAUUCCGUCGGCGCGGCCGCGCCCAGCCGUGCCUGCGCCAGCACCUGCUCCGGUCGCGAAACCUGUCGAGCCGCCAGCAGCCAUCGACGACGUUGUCGAAGAAUUGCCCGUCGAGGCUUCCGAGGUCCAGCGACUGUCAGACUCCGUCCCCGAACCCCAACCUCCCGACGAACCUGCCGCGCCAGAGGGCUCAGAACCAAGACGGCGGCGCCGGUCAAGCGCGGCGUCGACAUCCAAAGCUAUACAAGACACAGCCACGCGCAAAGCAUUGGCCGAGACUGCUAGAAGCAAUGUUGAGGCCAUUGUGGAGGACACUCCCGCGGAGGCUCCCAUGCAGGCCACGCCAGAAGUCGACAGUGCGCCGGCCACGCGGCGUCAAACCAGACAAAGGCGAGCCUCGCAAGCGGCCCAAGCGAGGCCCGCGGCCGAGGUACAGCAGCUAAAUACACCGCCAUCAACAGAACAACAAGUGUCCGCCUCCAGCUCGGAACCCCAGCCUGAGGCGUCAGAAGCCGCGGCCCCGCCGGCCGCCGCACCCAAGGCCACCCGGGCAAGGCGCCGUGCAGCCGCCGCUCCCGACGCAGCCGCCGAGGGUGGCGAGGCAGUCACCUCGCGCCCUCGAAAGCGAACGAAAAAGAGCGCAGCCGUCGAUGGCGAGGCAUCACCUGCCGCCGCUGCCGCUGCGAAGAAGCCCCGAAAGCGAAGCACGGCGGCCGCGACGACGACGACGACGACCGCGGCGGCGGGCGAAACGGCGCCGCCGGCUCGGUCACGCCGCGCGCGUUCCGCCACGCCCGACGACUCCGAGAACAAAAUGGUGGACCUGCAGGCCCUCAAGAUGUCGGACCUCACGCGCGACCUACACAUUGGCAAGAAGUUUAGCCGCCACGACGAGCUGCGCGAGCGUGAGCGCAACGCCCGCCUGCAAGCCAAACUGAAUAAGGAAGGCCUGACCCCGCAAGGCACCGGCUCACGUUUGGACACGCCCCUCGCCGAGCCUGCUACCAACGGCGUCAAGGACGGCACGCCAGGCACCGCCUCCACCACACCGGGCGACACGGCCGCGCCACCGAGCGGCGGGGCCCCGGCGCCGGCCGGCCCGCAGUUCCGCAUCGUCGACGGGCAAAUCGUCGUCGACCAGAGCUCGCUCAUGAUGGACCGGCACGCGCGCGCGGCGGCGGCGCACGCCGGCGAGGACAUGGAGACGAUUGAGGAAAACGACUUCACGCGGCUCAUCACGAGCAGCUCCUUCAUGACGACGUCGAAGCUGCGCGGGCCCAACAUCUGGAGCGACGAGGAGACGGAGCUCUUCUACCGCGGCCUCGCCAUGUUCGGCACCGAGUUCCAGAUGAUCUCGCACAUGUUCCCCGGCAAGCAGCGGCGCCACGUCAAGCUCAAGUUCAACCGCGAGGAGCGCUGCAACGCCGCGCGCGUCGACGCCGCCCUCGUCGGCGAGAAGACGACCAAGCUCGACCUCGACGAGUACAAGACGCUCACCGGCGCCCAGUUCGAGUCGGUCGAGUCCAUCAUGGCCGAGCAGCGCCAGAUUGAAGAGGGCUACGAGGCCGAGCGCCAACGCAUCGCCGAUGAGCAGGCCGAGGUCAUGCGCAAGAAGCGCGAGGCCCUGUUCGCCGACGACGAGCAGGCCGUCAAAAAGAAGGGCAAGAAGAAGGGGAAACAGACGGUCGAGUACGGCCUCAAUGGCGAGCCCAUCGUCAAGGAUGUGUAA